AUGAGAUACCAGCACAGCCUCACCAUGAGACACCAGCACAGCCUCACCAUGAGACACCAGCACAGCCUCACCAUGAGACACCAGCACAGCCUCACCAUGAGACACCAGCAGAGCCUCACCAUCAAACACCAGCACAGCCGCACCAUCAGACACCAGCACAGCGUCACCAUGAGACACCAGCACAGCCUCACCAUGAGACACCAGCACAGCCUCACCAUGAGACACCAGCACAGCCUCACCAUGAGACACCAGCAGAGCCUCACCAUCAGACACCAGCACAGCCGCACCAUCAGACACCAGCACAGCCUCACCAUGAGACACCAGCAGAGCCUCACCAUGAGACACCAGCACAGCCGCACCAUGAGACACCAGCACGGAUUCACCAUGAGACACCAGCAGAGCCUCACCAUGAGACACCAGCACAGCCUCACUAUGAGACACCAGCAUGGAUUCGCCAUGAGACACCAGCAGAGCCUCACCAUGAGACACCAGCACAGCCUCACCAUGAGACACCAGCACAGCCUCACCAUGAGACACCAGCACAGCCUCGCCAGGAGAUACCAGCACAGCCACACCAUGAGACACCAGCAGAGCCUCACCAUGAGACAAAAGCACGGAUUCACCAUGAGACACCAGCACAGCCUCACCAUGAGACACAAGCACAGCCUCACCAUGAGACACCAGCACAGCCUCACCAGGAGAUACCAGCACAGCCUCACCAUGAGACACCAGCACAGCCUCACCAUGAGACACCAGCACAGCCGCACCAUGAGACACCAGCACAGCCUCACCAUGAGACACCAGCAGAGCCUCACCAUGAGACAAAAGCACGGUUUAACCAUGAGACACCAGCACAACCUCACCAUGAGACACCAGCACAGCCUCACCAUGAGACACCAGCAGAGCCUCACCAUGAGACAAAAGCACGGUUUCACCAUAAGACACCAGCACAGCCUCACCAUGAGACACCAGCACAGCCUCACCAUGAGACACCAGCACGGAUUCACCAUGAGACACCAGCAGAGCCUCACCAUGUGA